ACGACGGGAGAGUCCGGUCGUAGUGAAGAACGUCGAGCGCGCGGCCGGCGACUGGCAGCCCAACUAGCCACACAGCCUCUCCGGCCGCGUGUGCGAGGGCGGAGGGCGGGGUUCGAGACUUGCGGCGGCGGGAGAUGCAGGCGGCUGCAGGCACGCGGUUGGCUCGGCUCGGCCGCCACCGCCUUCUCGGGCUCCGGCGCGGGGGUCGCCGAUGUUGCCGCGCCGUCCUUGAGUUGCCAGCGCGAGGAACGGUCGGCGGCAGAGUCUAGCACCGCGUUCAAGGUCGAGAAGGAUUCCCGCAUCCUGCCUGCCCAUUGCUAUGGACAGUGCCAUCACUCUGUGGCAGUUCCUUCUUCAGCUCCUGCAGGAGCCUCAGAAUGAGCACAUGAUCUGCUGGACAUCUAACAACGGGGAGUUCAAGCUUCUGCAGGCUGAGGAGGUGGCUCGUCUCUGGGGGAUUCGCAAGAACAAGCCUAAUAUGAAUUAUGAUAAGCUCAGCAGAGCCCUGAGAUACUACUACGUAAAGAACAUCAUUAAAAAGGUGAAUGGUCAGAAGUUUGUGUACAAGUUUGUCUCUUAUCCAGAGAUUUUGAAAAUGGAUCCACUGACGGUAGGCAGGAUUGAGGGAGACUGUGAAACUUUAAAUUCCACUGAAGCCAGCAGUUCCAAAGAUGCUGAGAGUGGAGGAAAGGAGAGGCCACCUCAGCCUGGAGCCAAGACGUCUAGUCGCAAUGACUACAUACACUCUGGUUUGUAUUCUUCAUUUACUCUCAACUCUUUGAACACCUCCAAUAAGAAGCUUUUCAAGUCAAUAAAGAUAGAGAAUCCAGCUGAAAAACUGGCAGAGAAAAAAGCUCAGGAGCCAACACCAUCUGUCAUCAAAUUUGUAACAACGCCUGCCAAAAAGCCUCCCAUUGAACCUGUUGCUGUUACCUUUUCAACAAGCCCAAGUAUUUCUCCAUCUUCUGAAGAAACUAUCCAAGCUUUGGAGACACUGGUUUCUCCCACACUACCUUCUCUGGAAGCCCCAGCCUCUGUAUCCGUUCUGGCAACCACUUUUAACCCUACUUCUCCAGUUCCAUCCAUACCCCUUCCUCUAAAGGAGCCUCAGAGGACACCUUCUCCACCAUUGAGUUCUAACCCAGACAUUGACACAGACAUUGAAUCAGUGGCUUCUCAGCCAAUGGAACUUCCAGAGAACUUGUCACUGGAGCCUAAAAAUGAGGAUUCAGCUUUGCCAGAAAAGGACAAAACAAAUAACUCAAGAUCCAAGAAGCCCAAAGGGUUAGAACUGACGCCAGCCCUUGUGGUCACAGGCAGUGACCCCAGCCCCUUGGGGAUCUUAAGCCCAUCUCUCCCAACAGCAUCUCUUACACCAGCACUCUUUUCACAGACACCCAUCUUGCUGACUCCAAGCCCCUUGCUCUCCAGUAUCCACUUUUGGAGCACUCUCAGCCCAUUUGCUCCCCUGAGCCCAGCCAGACUGCAAGGUGCUAAUACGCUUUUCCAGUUUCCUUCUGUACUGAACAGUCAUGGACCUUUCACUCUGUCUGGCCUGGAUGGACCUUCUACUCCUGGCCCAUUUUCUCCAGACCUGCAGAAGACAUAACCAGUGCAGUUGUGGACUAAGAGACCAAGAAACCAAGAGACAGAGACAUCCAACAUGAUUGGGUUUGAAAUGAGGGAUAGUUCUGCAGUGCUCAUAAUAGACUGUUGUUUUUCCAUUUCCUAUUGAAAGCCUUUUCAGGAUUCUCAAAUGUUGGACCGUAUAAAAAUGCCUUAAUUGGAGUCCAAGCUCCACAGCACUUCUUUUUUAAAAGGUAUUUUGUUGUUGUUGCUGUUCAUUCUUCUCUUUUCUUUCUUCUUAAUGCUUUGUGCAAAAAAUACUGGUCUAUUGGGGUUCAGCAGAUGUGUUUCUCAAGAAAGUCACAGAACAAAGUCACUGGUGGUCCUGGAUGUUAGGACUGUCUGUCUGGCCAAGGGAAAAAAGUAUGUGUAGAAUCUGUUGCUUAGAGAAAUAUUUGUUAGCUAAGUGUGAUGACCUGCUUCUGCCGUCUCAGCACUUGGGAAGCUGAGGCAGCAGAACAGCCAGGUUGAGGGCCAGCCUGGGCUAUACGUGCAGUGAGACUGUCUCAGAACGAUACAAAUACUUCUUAAAGGGGACCGGUAGUGUGUUCAGCACUCAGUGCGCUCUGCUGAAUGACCAACAUAGGGCUGCUUAGCAGUAGGAGAGUCACUCCCGUUCUUAGGAGGAUUGGAGGGCCGCCAUGCACGAGGCUUUGACGUGAUGGAUCCACAGAAAGGCAUCCUGUUUACACUUACCUGGCUCGGUCUCUGGCGUAUCAUACCUGUGAUCAUGUCUGAACCUGUCAUCAGGCCCUGAGCUAUUUCAACAUAAGACUUUGAAAACUCAGUUUGAAUGUGGGUUUUGGAACGUUCUGUGAAAAUAUGGAACCUCACUUCCAGCACAGAUCUCAUUUGUGCUCUGAUUGGUCUUUUUUUGAACUCAUGCAACACAGCAUGGAAAACAACGAUUUUUUUAGGAGAAUAGAGUUGGGGUAUGAAAACUGAAUAUUGGAUGAGGCGGGGAAAAAAAAAGUUCAGUUGAAUACUCUGAGACAUGAAGUAUGGCAUUUUCCAGCUAGAAGACACCCAGAAUGAUAGGCCUCUUUUUUUCUUACUAUUUUUGUCCACUUCUGUUACGCACUUUACUAUGCUUCCUUUUAAAUGUAAGGUCAGGACGAAGCAGUGUUCACAUGUAAUCAGGAAGCUGAACUUUGAGUUAAACUUUCCAGUUAGCUUUGAGAUAAAGAUGUGUUUAAGUUAUGGAAGAUCAGAUUGCAUUUGACCAUUCUCAUACACAGGAAUUUGCUUACUAAAUUAGUAAUGAGAAGAAGGGGCCUUCAUCUGCAUAUUGUCACAUUUGUAAAAUACUGUGUGAUAAGUCAGAACCAGAUGUACACAGAUAAAAGGUCUCUCAAACUGAAUUGAUAUUAAUAUCAGAGUGGCAUCUUGAAAAUUUUGACUCUCGAGUCUAGAACUGAAUUAAAUUACAUGCCCCUCCUCCUGCCCAUUACAUCCUAGACAUGACUUGAGCUGAAUGAAGUAGGGGCUGUGGGCUCGGAAUGACACUGACGCAGAGUGGUGUCUUUCAGGUGCAUAGCGUUGGCUGUUCAGUGCAAAGUAUGGCAGUGUGUGCUGGCUGGGUUGUGGAGGGCGAGAGAGAGCUGCCUUUUAGAGAGGCAGUUUGAGACCUGUUACUGGUUCACUUGUGGUUAUCUAAAAGUUGUGUUCCGAUGAUGUGCAAUAAUAAUGUUGAAAGGUAGUGUUCAGAGUGAUGGGAACAGGUACUGUAAUGGGCUUUCUUCACAUGGUGGAUUAUUUAGUUUGCAUGCAUAUUUGGAAUUACUCUCAGCAGCACUUUGUAGUAAUGUAGUGGUUUAACACUGUGUAUACUAAGUAAGUCUUGAUAAGUAAGUUGACCUAAAUAGGUGUUUGAAAUUCUGAAAACAUAAAAAUCUUUUAUCUUCUUGAGUUAAAGGAGAAAAGCCAUUGGUUUGUUUUCACAGAAUUUUUAUCUUGGCACAGAGGUGCCUUGGGCCCAAGGGCACCAUUUAAACUCAGGCUGGGUGUGGUAGUGCAGGCCUGUGGACCCAGCACUUGGGAAGUGGAAGCUGGAGGAUCAAGAGUCAGGGAUAGCCUCAGCUACAAAGUGAUUUUGAGACUUGCUUAGACUACCUGAGACCUUGUCUCAAAAAAAAAAAGCAAAAACUCAGAGCAACUUUAUAAGAAACUAUGAGGCCUUAUGGGGGAGGGGUACAUGGACCUGCUUUCUUCUUGCUAUGAAUGAAUUUGCAAAGCAUGUGCUUACUCUGUGUGCGUGUGUGUCAGUCAGUUUGUGACCUUGCUGUGUGUAUGAGGCAGACAUUUCUCUCUGUAGACUACCUCCUUCCUGAAAAAGUCUGAGCUUUGUGUUAGUUUGAAUAGCCAUAGAAUUCUUAGCGUCAACAGCUGUAUUCAGGGAGAGAAUCUGUACCUUCAGCUCAUCUCUGGCAUCUACAACUAGGCACCUUGCGAAUGGUGCUGGGCAUCAGUAGCCUGAAGCAAGGGAGAUGAGCAGGUUGUCAGGGUUUGAGAUACCUCCUGAGGCAACUUAGCUUCUCUUCUGCUCUGGACUGUCUCAACUCAAUUCAGUGACUGAAGGUGUGAGAGUUGGAGUCCUGGGAAGGCCUGAGUGGGAGGGUCUGGUGGCUUUUUUGGAUGUCCAUUCAUGCCCUGUGGUGGGUUUGAAUCCACUGUGGAACUGAGAACGAUGUGAGCAGUGCCUCAGAGCAUUGCCACACACCGCUGUAUUUACUUCCUUAGGUGGGUUUUCACUUAAAUUGUACUUUUCUCUUACUUAUGCUGAUUUUUUUAAGUCAAAAAUUAAAAUGUCAAGUUUAGCUUAAGCAAUCUUUUAAUGAUUUCUUAUAGUAUUGUUGUGAUGUUACAGUCCUUGUGGUAUAGUCUGUUUGAAUAAGAAUAGAAAUUUCCAUUGAUUUUAAAAAAGUAUAUAAUAUAAAAUUGAAUCUAGAGGCCUUCACAAGGCCAACAUUAAGCUUCAUCGAGUUAAAAUAUAAGUUUAUUUUUCUUCACAUUUUAACAAUUAAAAUACAAGUAUAAUUUUCCCUACUAUGUUUUGUUUGUUUUGGGGUUUGAGAUAGGAUUUUUCUCUUGACAUCCAGGCUGGCUGUGAACCAGAUCCCAUAUGCUGGCAUUCACAAGUGUGCACCACCAGGUCUGGCUGUUUCUUCUUCAACUGCGGUGGAGAAAGUAAACCCAUGAACUUGUAUAGAAUACUGGAUUCUUAUUAAACUGGAAAAUUCCUUGUGGGCUUGUAUACCAUCUUAGAUAUCAAAAAAAGGCAGGAGUGGCUGGCAAGCAUACCAGAGGCUUGGCAUUUGUGACUUAGUGCCAGCUGUUGACAGGGAUUGUUUUCACCUUGCUUUGUGCUGUGUGCAGUCUACUACUAUCUCACUGCGCCUCUGAUGUUAACAUUCUGAAAAGGCAGCUUUAUGUGGGAAUGUAUUAAGCACCAUAGAGGCCCUCAGUGGAAUUGCAGGAGAGCAGUCAGUCUUUUGGAACACCUGGGAUUUGUUUUUCCUUUUUUGAUUUUUUUUAGACUGGGUCUUAGUCUAUAGACUAUGCUGGCCUCAAACUCUUGGCAGUCCUCCUGCCUUGGCAUCUCAAUUACUGAGAUUAUGAAUUGUAGCUACUAUGUUGGGCACAGUAAAAGUUUUUCAAUAUAGAAAUUUCUCUCACAAAUUAAUAUAUAUCACUUUAUUAAAGUAAAUGCAUACUCUACUGUAACACAGAAAAUGAGGGUUAGCAUAAGAAAUAAAUUCUGUGUAGCAUUCAGUCCUGCUCAGUCCUUCCCGCACCCCAGCUGGUGACUCUGUACCUAUAAGCAAACAGUGUCCUGAAUCACUGACUCAACAUAGAGUUCCGUAUUUGAUUCCCCAAAAUACAGAUUUGCAUGUGUGUUGCGGAAGGGGUUGUGGAAAAUUCUAGAAAAGGCUUGAAAUUCUCUGGGAGCUUUGUCAUAGCUUUUCACAUUUCCCAUUAAUUUUUUCUCAUGGGGAUUCAUUCCCAAAUGCUUUCUAGAUUUCCUACACACCUUGACCCUGUAUUAUGCAUGACCAACAUUUUUGUUUUUAUAGUCUCCUUACAAACUUCUUUGGCCUUAUGUUAUAUUUUAGCAACAGUUUCAUAAUUAUAUCAAGUUACUUUAUAUAACCAGCUUCAACUUCCUUGCUGGAUUUUAAAGUGUUUUUUUUUUUUUUUUUUUUGGUUUGUUUGUUAGUUUGCUUUUUUCAUUUGGGACAUUUAAGCAUCUGAAGGAAUAGCUUACUUGAUGACUUCUGUUUAUCACUUAUUUACUACAUAUGUGUCAUUUGCCUGUGCCAAAAACGAGGCAUUAUACCAUGGUGGCAUUCUUUGGUUUGGGAAGGUGUGGAGACAAGUGCAGACCUGAGCAGAAACCUGGGGCUCAGAAUGAAUUUCCAAUAGGAUUAAGACUAUUGAUGCCAUGGUCUGUUGUCUGAGGGUUUCUAAAACAGCUAAGUGUUGGGCACAGACUGCUGGGAAGGAUCAGGCAUGGUGGUGCGUCUCUGGCAGACACUCUCCCAGAGGCUUCUGCAAAGUGUUGUUAGCGUUCUUCUAGGUCUGCUGUUCAAAGUGCUGGUGCUGCCCUAUUACUUCCCUUAUUAUCAGAAGUACUUACUGGAGGUGCACUUUCCAUCUGGGAUUCUUAUGGGUGGUGGUGCCUCUUGUACUCUGGGGAACUUGUUACUAUCAGAGUCAUGUUUUCACCUGUGAACACAGCAUAUGUGAGAGGUCAAUUGUCAAGUGUCCAGCGGGUGCUCCAUCUGAAACUAACAGGCCUUCAUGCUCUUUCGCUGUUGCUGUAACAGAAUGUGACAAGUGGCUAGCUUGUUAAAAAGAAACCAUUUCUUAGGUGCUGCUGUUUGUGGUUAGCCCUUGUUAAAGAGUGGCUUGUGGGGAAGUAACUGUCUGCUAACAUGAUUUAACUUGAUCCUGUGGUACUGGGGGCAGAACCAGGGGCUUCACAUUUGUGAAAUAAGUGACCACUGCUGGACUAUAUCCCCCUAGCAAUUCCUCCCUCAUAACUUUAAAUGACAGUUUUAACUGGGAAAUUCCUGGGGAUUAUAGUCAGUCAGUCAGUCUGUCUGUCUGUCUCUCUCUUUCUGGUUUCUUGAGACAGGGUUUCUCUGUGUGGCUUUGGUCCUGGACUCACUUUGUAGACCAGGCUGGCCCUGAACUCACAGUGAUCCUCCUGCCUCUGCCUCCCCAAGUGCUGAGUGCACCACCAUGCCUGGCAAAACUACAGUCUCUUGAAUGUUAAAUGUAAUUCACAUGGGAAGUUUCACGAAGUUUCUUGUCUUUGAAAUACUUAACUUGGAAUUGAGCCCAUCUUUUAGGUCCUUCUGAGGUAUUGGCUGAGGACAUUUCUAUGUAUAUACUGCCGUGUUGACCCAGGAUAUGUGAGUCUUUCUCAGAGGGAGGCGUAUUCAUCCCCUAAGAUGGAUGCUAGUCUAUCUGUUCUAAACCUAACAAAGAACACUCACCCACUGCUGCACCUGCAAGUGUUUCUUUUUAAAGACAGUGCCUUGUUCAGUUCAUUGUUAAAUGCAUGGAAUCAUAGGCCUUAAAGACCAGUUGCUGACAUGUUAGGGCCCAGGUGCUUAGACAUACUCCAAAAGUCACCUUAUCCUUCUCUCUUCUGUUCACACAUUAAGCACAAGGUUAUCUUUCCUAAAAGUUUUCAUUCUUUCUUUUUCUUUUUUUUUUUUUUUCCAAGACAAGGUUUCUCUGUGUAGCCUUGGCUGUCUUGGGCUCACUUUGUAGACCAGGCUGGCCUUAAACUCACAGAGAUAUGCCUGUCUCUGCCUCCAUAAGUGCUGGAAUUACAGACAUGUGCCACUGUGCCCUGCUCCUAAAAUGUUGCAGUCUGUUUGCUUUCAUGGGCUGGCUGGGAAGGUCUUAGGCAGUAUCUAGGGUGUAAGAGUAGAGGACUCCUGGCUUCUUGGCUUAAUGUACACUUUAAACCAUAUGUAAAAUUAGCUAGCAGAAACCUCAAAGCGGGUCAGGCUGAAUGGCCUCAGCUUUGUCUUGUUCCCAUCCUAGCCCACUGAUUCUCACCUCUCCAGGGGUUAGGACUAUGAGCUGUGCUUGUAAAGCCUGGAAUCUUCUUGAUAGGGUGAGGGAGAGAUGGGGUGCCUGGCAGCUGGUCCAGAUGUCCUGCCAAUAGAAUCAUUCACUCUGCCAGCUUUCAAGGAGAGGGACUGCUAUAAAUGUCUAUUAAAUCACUUGGCACUUUCUUGGAUCUAUAGUAGCAUUGUUGGUUGUUUUAUUGUUUGGUUUUUGAGGCAAGUUCUUGCUGCGCAGCUUGCUAUGUGGACCAGGCUGGCUUUGAACUCACAUAGAUCUUUCUGCUUCUGCCCCUAAGUUCUGCCCCUAACAUGCCCAGCUGUUUUUGUUCUUAAUAACUGGAAACACUUCAUGAUAUUUUGCUUGAUUUCUGCUUCAGGAUAUUGAGGGUCAGGGAAAUAAGGUUUAUUUUUCAUUUCUAGUUUUGGAAACCUAGGAGUAUUUGGAAAAGGGAGAAAUUGGUCACCUGACAAGUCUUCCUUCCAGGCUCUGUGAGGCAGCCUCUUUCAGCUAGGAUGCAAAUGACUCCUGAUCUUUUCACACUGUGCUUUGUAGAAAUGUAUGAUUUUAAAAGAUGAGUGCAGUUGAUAGAUUCUUAAUUUGAAAAGUAUACAUUUACAAGGAAUUUUUCUUGUUGUUUUCCUUCUUUGUUGCUUAUUUCUGUUAUAUAGGUGACACAGCCCCUUCUGAGGACAGUAUUGCCAGUGGCCUCUGUUUGACAGCAUUUGCUGCUGGCAUGUAUGGCAGAAUAGCAUGUUUUCAGUCCUCCCUGCUGAACACUAUGGGGGUCAACUAAAAUGCACAUGCAGGAAACUUAUACAAGAUCUUUGGGUCCUGGAGGCCUGCUUACAGGUGUGGCUGAGGUUCUUCCCUUUGCUUCUGGCAGUUUCAUUUCUCUUUGUGGGUAGAAAAGACUAAAUAGAAAACUCUGCCUGGGACUGGUAGCAUGAGCCUGUAAUCCUAAUGCUUGGAAGGUGCAAGAAGGAGGAUUAUGGAGUUGAGGGUCAUCUUUGGCUGUUACAUAGUGAGUUUGAGGCCAGCCUGAGCUACAGGAGAGCCUGCCUAAUACAUUUAAGAAGAGGUGGGGUUUCAGUAAUUCAGAUUAAUCAGAGGAACAGAGUUUGGUUCUCAGCACCCAAUGGCAGGUGGCUCAAAACUGCCUGUUUCUGCAGUGCCAGAGGUUCUCACACCCUCUUCUGGCUUCCAUGGGCAUCUGCACACAUACUGAACACACAUACAUACACACACACACACAAAUACCAUUUUUUAUAUUUUAGAAGACUUAGUUCAUUUUGCUACUGAUCAGCCUUGGUUCUAAAUAUAAUAUUUUGGGUUAAAAUGAGUUAUACUCUUUAUUCACCAAAUAGUCAAAUUGGCCAAACUGGCCUUUUCUUUCUUUCUUUCUUUCUUUCUUUCUUUCUUUCUUUCUUUCUUUCUUUCUUUCUUUCUUUCUUUCUCUCUCUCUCUCUCUCUCUCUCUCUCUCUCUCUCUCUCUCUCUUCUUUCUUUCUAAAGUAGGUUUUGUUUUUAAGAGCUGGGUCUUAUGUUGCUCAGACUGGCAUUAAACUGCUGGUUACAACAGUCUCUUCAUGUAUCAACCUCCUACCACAUCUGGCUUAAGUUUGCAUUUAAGAACAACCUAAUAAUUUCCCAUGAGUUCUACUAGAACUUCUUUCUAAAAUGAGCCUCCUGAACUGGAGCUUUAGCUUAGUUGGUAGAGUGCCUGCCUAGCAUACUAGCCCAAGGGUUGAGUCCAUUACUACGUAAACUGGGAGUGGUGGCUGAAGCCUGUGAUCCUAGCACUAGGAAUAUCAAGACGGGGUGAUCAAGAAGGUUAAGGUGUCAUUCUUGGCAAGUUCGGGACAAACCUGAGGUACAAGACCCUCUCUCAGGGAAAAUAAAAAAUAAAAUUGUGAUUAAUGAGAAUUAACCAUGAGUUAUUUUAAUUAUGUGUGCUAAGAGGUUGAGUCACAGCCCAGUAAUUGGUGCACUAUAAGGUAUGAACAUGCUUUAAAAGGUAAAUGAUAUUAAAUAACAAACUCUUGCUUUUCAUUCAGUUAAUCUAUAAUUUAGUAAAAAGCAUGUGUUCUGCCAUGGAGUGAUUGCAGUGUGUUUACACAGGAAGGGGCAGUGUGUUCCUGUAUAUGUAAGUUUGGGGUAGGUGGUAAAAAACGACUUGACAGAGUAGUCAGCCCUUCGAGGAGCAGCUUCCUGUGUUAUAUUAUGUUGAGGUCUGUAUUCUGUUACUCAGUGUUACAGCUUUGUAUAAGUAGAUCUUUAGAAAGGUAUGAGUAACACCUGCCCAAGAAUUACUCCCAGGGCGCCACUAAUAAUAUGGCUCAGUUUAGGUUAGGUUAUACUAAGGAGACCCACCAAAUGUUACAAUCACUUUUUGUUCUUUUCUGAAAAAAGCAACUAAAAUAGUAACUGUUAACAGUUCUUAAAAUUAACAUUAGUUGUUCUUACAGCUGGACAGAAUGGGUCAUUCAUCUAGCUACACAGUAGCACUUAACUGUAGAGACAAGGUGGCAUUGUUCUAAAGCUGGUAAAAACCAGUGUGGAGUCUUGAAUUCUGCAUUUGAGUGACAAAAAUGACAUGAAGUUUAGGGAGUUGGGGCAAAGGACGCAUGUGCACUUUGAGGGCUUUCUUAUAUGCACUGCUGUUCAAAAAAAAAGAUGGGGGUCCACUGGGUGCCAUCUCCAGGCAUUGCAAGGGACCGCCAGGGUCCCGUCAGGGGUCCUUACUUAUGUUGCUUCUAAGCUUUAUGCAAAAGCUUUGUUAACGUCUAUAAAGAUCAUGUGUAUUUUAGGAAAACAAUGCAUUUUUUAAAAAACCUUUAUGUAAGAACUGACAGAUGGGGUUUGCUUGUAUGUGGGAAGCUGACUUUGAGAAAGCACUCUGGCGGCAUUACUACAAGUCCAGAGCUAUAGAGAUCUGUUAAUAGAUAUAUGUGCAACUAGAUACGACAACAGUUGUAUUUUUUUAAAAUAAAUAUUUUUAACAAAA